AUGCAUGAAAUGAUUAAAUACAUAAAUGACAACCAAUGUGACAUAGUAUUUAACAGUGUACCCUACGUAGGCAAAGAUAACGCAAUGAAAUGUAUCCCUAACUAUAAUAUAUAUCAAUACCCCACAGCGCACCGAGUAAAAGCAUGCUUACUUGUAAGGCAGAAUAUAGGUUGCACGCUAGGCAUUUCGAAAUAUUCUACUUCCAACCUCUGUAUUGUCCAAAUAGACAUUGGCGGUAAAAAACUAUUCUUAAUUAGCGUCUACAUAGAACCCAAGAAAGAUGAAAUUAAUACACUCAACAGUUUAGAAAUAUUCCUACAGGAAAAUUCAAAUCAUACUCACAUAAUUUGUGGUGAUUUUAACGGAUGGCACCCCAUGUGGGGCUCGAUUAGAUCAAACCGCCACGGAAAUAUGAUUGUAGACCUUAUAACUACCACUAAUCUUAUUUUAUGUAAUUCAGGCAACGUUCCUACUUAUGAAACGGUAACACAUAAAACCCAUCGUGAAUCCAUAAUUGAUCUCACACUCACAUCCAAUUCAUCAACAAACAAAAUCUCCAACUGGAAAGUUGUGCUUGACGCUGCCCCGUCAUCCAGUCAUAAUGGCAUCACUUUCGACUUAUCUGUAAAUAAUAGCUCGUUAAACAAGCCCAAAAAGCUUUCAACAUUUAAAUACAACACUCAGAAUAUAAAAUGGGAUGAGAUUAUUGAACAGUUUAAAAGCGAGUUAACCAUAAAUUUAGACCUUAAUAUCAACAUAGAAAAUUUAAGCACUUCACAGUUAGAUAAUUACAUUACAAAAUUAAUAGUAUCACUACAAAAUGUUAGUGAUAAACUCUUUCUGAGGAAAUCUAAAGUAAAAAAUCGAGCACCUUGGUGGAACGAUAACAUAGAAAAACUAAAACAAAAAGUUAUUAAAAAUCAUCACAAAAUUCAACAAACGAAACGCAGUAAGAAAUCUAUAACCGAAUUGUUGUUAGAAAAACAAAACCUUAAAACUGAAUAUUCACAAGCCAUUAGAAUGGCUUCAACUGAGCAUUUUAGGGAUUUCUGCAAUAAGCAGGGAAAGGAGGAUGUAUGGAGUGUAACCAAUCGGUUACUUAAGACCACACCUAUAGCGCAGCCACCCACAACUCUCAAAACUAAAGCGGGUAAAUACACAAAAACUACGUACGAAACUGCUGAAACGUUUUUGAAUGAAUAUUUUCCUGACGAUGAGCGUCACACAUGCUUAAGGCAUAUGCAGCUCCGAAAUUCUUUUAACAAAAUACCCGACACGCCACCAGAUACUCCAUUUACUGUAGAAGAAGUACUUGAGUCAUUGAAAUCCAUGAACCCCAAAAAAAUCACCUGGUAUAGACCAUCUCACAUCGGAUAUAUGUCUAAAAUUUACUGA